GCAGCGAUGGCCCAAACUCUGGAUUUGGUCCCAUGGCCUCAAGAUGCCGGCCCUGUGUAUGCCGCCCCGGCAGUUCUAAUUCCGGUGGAGCCCAAGAGAGUCAUGUUAUCUGGAGUGAAGGGCCACCUCUAUCACCCCUCCUUGCCAACCUUAAGGCGAAUGGAUAUGGACACGGUGGCCAACAGACUCACGGAUGAGCAUUCCAGGACAACAACCUACCACUCCAAAGAGGAUUUUGAAAAUGCAACAUUCACCUUGGCUGGAGUGCCGAAUCCGCGUCUCCCAUCCCUGGGGAUGACAGAGUUGGGCAAGUCACUGACGGCGAAGUACAGAGCAGGGAAGAUGGCUCCUCUCAUGCCCAGCGCCAAUCAGGGGGAAUGGCCCAGCUACACUCAGGCUAUGGACGACUGGUCUUGCUUCAUCUCCACUGCCGGAGAGUUCAAACUACCUAGUUAUAACAAAAAAGUUCUUGGGUUCAGCUGUUACGCCGUGAGAUACUUAAAACCUGACGUCACCCAGACCUGGCGGUAUUGCCUCAAUCAGAAUCCCAGCCUGGAUAGAUAUGGACCAAAGCCCAUCCCUUACAACACAGUAAAUACCUACAGGAGCUUUGGAUCUGCACACAGCCGCUCUCAUUACCUCCAGCCCUGGCGCUAGGAAGUAGGUCGCCGGAAACGGGGCCCAAAGCCACACAAGCCUUCUCCUUCAGCUGUGGAAUGUCAACAAAGAAUAAAGGCUAUUCGCUGCCUCAGCAA